CGCCGCGGAGCCCAGGUGAGGAGCCCGCGGGGCGGUGGCAGAUCCCUGUAGCAGAACCCUGUUCUGAGACACAAGCUGAGCCCUUCCUCUGUGCACCCUGCACACGACCACACAACUCAAAUUCAACUUAGUGCUAAUUCGCCCAAGGUCAGUGAUCAUAAGUCAGGUGGCUUCCUGAGUUCCUGAGUCUUCUGCUGAGUUACUGAACCUGAAUGGCGGCUGUGGGAGCGCCCGAAUUUGUAACCGCAUCAGUUCGAAGGUGUUGGAAGGAGCCCAUGCCGGAAUCCCCGAGAGGUGGCGUCGGGACGGUGUGCCUGGGUCGCCCUGCCCAGCAGCAGAGCAUGUCCCAGCUGGACUUGGAGGAGUUGGCCGAAAUAGAGCUGCAGAGAGAUGAGGAGGAAGCAGCUGCUCUGAGCAUAGUGAGGAGGCCAUCGGCAGCGCCCGCAGUUGCCCAGGACCCUGCACUGAGCAUGAAUCACCCCUUCUACGACGUGGCCAGGCAUGGCAUCCUGCAGGUGGCAGGGGAGGACCGCUUUGGAAGACGAGUCAUCACCUUCAGCUGCUGUCGGAUGCCCCCCUCCCACGAGCUCAACCAUAGGCGUCUGCUGGAGUACUUGAAGUACACUCUGGACCAGUACGUGGAGAGCGAUUACACCGUCGUCUACUUCCAUUAUGGGCUGAACAGCCGGAACAAGCCGUCGCUGGGCUGGCUGCAGAGUGCCUACAAGGAGUUUGACAGGAGGUACAAGAAGAACUUGAAGGCGCUGUACGUCGUGCACCCCACCAACUUCAUCAAGGUCCUGUGGACCAUCUUCAAACCGCUCAUCAGUCAUAAGUUUGGGAAAAAAGUCAUCUAUCUCAACGGCUUGAGCGAGCUCCGUCAACACCUAAAGUACGACCAGCUGAUCGUCCCCCCGGAGGUUCUGCGGUAUGAUGAGAAGCUCCGGAACCUGCACGAGGGCAGGUCGCCCUCUCCUGCCAAGAUGCCGCCGCCGCGGCCCCCUCUGCCCACCCAGCAGUUUGGCGUCAGUCUGCAAUACCUCAAGGACAAAAAUCAAGGGGAGCUCAUCCCUCCUGUGCUGAGGUUCACGGUGACGUACCUGAGAGAGAAAGGACUCCGCACUGAGGGCCUGUUCCGGAGAUCGGCCAGCGUCCACACCAUCCGCGAGAUUCAGAGGCUCUACAAUCAAGGGAAGCCGGUGAACUUUGAUGACUAUGGAGACAUCCACGUCCCCGCCGUGAUCCUGAAGACCUUCCUGCGAGAGCUGCCCCAACCGCUGCUGACCUUCAGGGCCUAUGAGCAGAUUCUCGGGAUCACCAGUGUGGAGAGCAGCCUGCGGGUGACCCGCUGCCGCCAGAUCCUGCAGAGCCUUCCAGAACACAACCGCGCUGUCCUCAGCUACCUCAUGGGCUUCCUGCACGAGGUGUCCCGGGAGUGCAUUUUUAACAGAAUGAACAGCUCCAACCUGGCAUGCGUCUUUGGGCUGAAUUUAAUCUGGCCGUCUCAGGGGGCGUCCUCCCUGAGCGCCCUCGUGCCUCUGAACCUGUUCACCGAACUGCUGAUCGAGUACCACGAGAAGGUCUUCAGCACCCCUGAGGCACCUGAGGCCCAUGGGGAGCUCAGCGCCGGCACCCAAUGUAGGAACGACCAAGAUUUUAAGUGACUCCGGAGAUUAGGCAGGCUGCCCGGAACUUGUAGCUGAUAUCCGCAAUGAAUUAUUGAAUCCCGUCCAGAACAUGAAAGUCGAUGGCAAAGCAAGUGGCUGGUGCGCCCCAGAGAGAGCCAGGCUGCCGCCACAGUGCGGGGAGCCAGGACCGGGCACCCUCACUUCUGCCGCCAGCGGAGAGUCACAGCUGUGUGGCACUGGGCCAGUCAUUCGGCCUGCACAGGGAGUUCAAAGUCAGAAGGUUCUGCCUCUGGGGGUUCUGUCCCCACCACUUUGGGUGGGUGAGCAGGGUACGUUCCUCGAGCCUUUUCUCGCUGGUACAGUACAGAAGGCGGUACCCACUCUGCAGUCCCCUGUGUGCUUUUGAGCACCUGCUUUGGGCCAGGCAGCCCCAGUCUCACAGAUACAGAGACAAGAGAAUGCACUUCCCGCCCUCAAGGGGCUUGCAGAAUGUUUGGGGAGUCGAUAAGCAAAGAAAUGCACCAAGAAGCGUAUCGAGGGCUAAAGCAGUGUGCACAGGACACAGGCCGGUGCGAGGAGGGGACAGAAGAGAGAGUCCGGGCACCUCCCAGCUUUCCCAUCUUGAGAUACACGGCGGCUGAGGGCGGCGUCUUCCCUGACAUGGAGAGGUUGGGAGAGGAAGGGCAAGUUCUGCUGGUUUGAUCACAAAAGGUCUGUGUUGUGUUGUAAGAACCGCUGCUCAGAAGGGAGAAGAAACUCAGUGACAGGAAGUGUAGAAAGAGAAGGUGAAAAUCACUUGAAAUUUUCCUGCCCAUAGAUAACCAUUGUUCUUAUUUUGGGAACGGGUACUUCUCUCCACUGCCGGCGGAGGUACCCGUUGGUCCAAUCACUUCGGAGAGCAAUUCAGCAAGCUGGUGAAGGUGAAGCUGCUCCAGCAACCGCGUGUCCAGGCAGGGAACCGAAGAGGUCGGGGCAAGAGCAUCACGGUGGUGUUCUCAUCAGAGCAAAUGAUUAGGUACAGGCUGAGCGUCCGUCAGUAGAAGAAACGGCAGAUCAAAAAGCUGCAUCCACGUGACCAAACAGGAAACAUGAAUAAGGUGGAUCCGUGUAUCCCAGCGCAUGUGGGUCUCUGAAUAGUACAUUGAGAGGAGGGAGAAAACCAGAGAAUGAUAAAGGCUGUGUGUUCUCACUGUGGAAAGCUCUGAAAGGCCCCCAUCCUACAUGCAGUUCAUGAAUUGUACAGUAUUACACUUUUUUUAAAAAAGACUUUAUUUAUUUAUUUGACAGAGAUCACAAGUAGGCAGAGAGGCAGGCAGAGAGAGAGAGGAGGAAGCAGGCUCCCUGCUGAGCAGAGAGCCGAAUGCGGAGCUCGGUCCCAGGACCCUGGGAUCAUGACCCGAGCCAAAGGCAGAGGUCUAACCCACCGAGCCACCCAGGUGCCCCCAGUAUUACACUUUUUAAAGAAGUUUUAAUUUUUAAGUAAUCUUUAUACCCGCCAUGGGGCUUGAACUCACAACCGCAAGAUCAAGAGCCACGUGUUCCACCCACUGAACCAGCCAGGUGCCCCAGUGUUACACUUUUUGAACAAUAUAUGUAGAAAUGUCUUUGCAAAAAAGUGAAUGGGCAGGAGACAUACCAGAUUCCUCAGAGAGGAGAGGAACCAAAGGGUCCUUAACUGUUUCUGUCAUGUUUUAUAUAUGUAAGUGUUCUGUGUCCAGUGUGGCUGAAUCGCGCCUACAGGACUUGACCUUUUCACAGACAACAUUAUGAGCUCUGGAAAGAACACAAAAGAACAAACAAACAAGAAAGCGAGCAAUGACUUGAAGGCCCUGGAGAACGAACAAGGCCAGAUUCUGGAGGGAAGUCCAUGCUUAGAAAAAUCAAUGGCACAGACGAGCUUCCAUUAUGUAGCUUUGAAGCUGAGCCAGGGUGAAGUUGGCACUUCUGUUCGAGCGCCUUUAUCUCCAGUAGAAAUUCACAGUCUCUUUGGCCUGAAGAACAGAGGACAGAGUUUGGGAAAACAACAGUCACUAGAAAGUGGGUAGGGAAUUCCACACAGGAGAAAGCCAGCUCGGGGGAGCCUGAAUUCUGUGCAUGCACUCUGCUCAAAGUUCUGCCUGCUCGCUGAGCCACACCUGUGUGGGACAGACACCAGCUCUGGAUAAAAGACCCAGCCUGAGGUUUGCGCUCCCAAUAGACAGCGUCUGUGGCUUGACUCCAGCAGAGCCCAGAGCCUCUGUGACGUAGUAGUAACAAUGUCCAGCACACAAUGAAAAUGAUUAUAUGGAGAACCAAGGACAUGCAGUGUACUCUAAAAUUAUCAACAGACACCAACCUUAAAGUGAUAAGGGUGUUUGGAGUGACUUCAAGGAUGCUACAGUAGCUAUUACACACAUCCUCAGUAUGUAAAGGAAAAUAGGCUUACCAUAAAUGCAAAAAGAUAGGAAAUCUCAGUGAAAGAUAAACAUAGAAAUCAUAGGAAACAAAGGGAGAAUUCUAGAAAGCCAAAUACAAUAUCUGAAAUACUCUGUCAUCUCCAUUACCGGGAAAAAAAAAGAAAAACCCCAAAAGCAAAAUAAAAACACUGGCUGUGUUUAAUAGGAAAAUGGAGAUGACAGAAGAGAGUCGGUGACCUUGAACGCAGCCUAAUAGAAAUUACGCAAUCUAUAAAGAGUAAGUUGGGAGUACCUGACUGGCUCAGUAUGUAGAGCGUGUGACUCCUGGUCUCGGGGUUAUGAGUUUGAGCUGCACGUUGGGUGUAGAGAUUACAUAAAUAAAUAAAUAAAGAGUAGAAGGAUUGAAAAAAAUAUGAACAGAGCCUCAGGGACCUGUGAGACAAUAUCAGAAUAUUUUAUAUAUGUGUAAUUGGUGUUCUAGAGAAGAGAGACUCGAGCACAAAAAAAAAAAAAAAGAAAAAUUAAAAAUUAAUGGCUGAAAAUAUUUCCAGUUUGGUGAGAGACAUAAAUUGUCACAUUCAAUCAUCUGUGAACCCCAAGCUGGAUAAAUGACAAAGAAAACUACACACAGGGAUGCUACACUGGGCCUUCUGAUAGCCAGAGAUGAAAGGGAAAUAUUUUUUGUUUUAGAUUUUAUUUAUUUAUUUGACAGAGAGACUCACAAGUAGGCAGAGAGGCAGGUGGGGGGGGGGGGAAGCAGGCUCCCCACUGAGCAGAGAGCCCGAUGCGGGGCUCGAUCCCAGGACCCUGAGAUCAUGACCCGAGCCAGAGGCAGAGGCUUAACCUACUGAGCCACCCAGGUGCUCCAAAGAGGAAAUCUUAAAAGUAUCCAGAGAAAAACGAAACAGAAGACCAGCAGUUGAGGCUACCUGACUUACAAGCAGAAACUAUGAAGGCCAGAAGACAGUGGAACAAUAUCUUGUUCCAAUACGAUACUAAGGAACAGUCGGAAAGGAACAAUACUGCAUUACUCAGAGGAGGGAGAAAGUGUCAAAACCCGAAUUCUCUGUCAGCCAAAAAUGUUUAAGACUGAAGGUUAAAUCAAAACUUUUUGGAGGGUGGGGUGAGGGGGUAACAGGGUGACGAGCAGUAAGGAGGGCACGUGUGGUGAUGAGCACUGGGUGUUCUAUGCAACUAAUGAAUCAUUGAACACUAUGUCAAAAACUGGAGAUCUACUAUACAGUGGCUAACUGAACAUAAUUUUUUUAAAAAACACCUUUUUUUUAGGUAUUAAAAAAAAAAAAACUAAGGAAUUCCUUUCAUUGGCAAACCUGCACUGCAGAAAAAAAUGCCAAAUGAAAUUCUUUUUUUUUUUUUUAAGAUUUUAUUUAUUUAUUUGACAGACGGAGAUCACAAGUAGGCAGAGAGGUAGGCAGAGAGAGAGGAGGAAGCAGGCUGUCCAUGGAGCAGAGAGCCCGAUGUGGGGCUUGAUCCCAGGACCCUGGGAUCAUGACCUGAGCUGAAGGCAGAGGCUUAACCCACUGAGCUACCCAGGCACCCCCCAAAGGAAAUUCUUCAAGGCGAUAGGAAAUGAGAACAGAUUGAAACCUAGAUAUUUUAGAAAUGAUGAAGAUCACUGGAAAUGGUGAACAUUUGGGUUAUAUAAAGGAAUCCAUUUCCCUCUUCAUUUUAAAGAAAUAAACAGGGCUGCUUAAGGCAAAAGUUAUUAAGCUGUCUUAUAGGUUUUAUGAUCGAGGUAGAUAUUAUACUUACAGUAGCUGUAGCAUUGGGUCCAACAGGAACGAAAAGGUCCUUAACUAUUAACAGGGGUUCAGGGUUUCUACCUUUUAUGCGGACUGGGACAGAAGUCAUCCCAAGUAAACUAAAAAGGUACGGGUGUAUGAUAGCCCUGGAAGAGCUACCAAAAAAUAAUACAAAAAGAUAACCGCUUCAAAAAUAGGUGAGUUCAAGUGAAUUCCAAACAGUUUUUAAAAAUCCAAAAGAAAGCAAGAAAGGAUAAACAUGAGAGCAGAAAGACAAUGGACAAACAGCAAAAAAAUAAUAAACCAGUAAGCCUAAAUCCAACUGUGUCAGUAAUUAUCUUCUAAUGGUAGUGUACUGAACUCUACAGUUACGAGGCAGGGCAGAUAGUGUCAGAUGGGUGUGAAAGGUAGACGUAACCAUGUGCAGUUUAUUGAGAGGCUGAAGGUGGCCAGAAGCAAAGACAUACCACGCACAGUGAUCAUCGAAAGCCCGGGGUUUCUCUACUAAUAAUAGAUAAAAUAGACUUUACUUUUUAAGGAACUUAGGUUGGUUUACUUUUAUUUUUAAGUUUUUAUCUUGAUUCUGGUACAGUUAACGUACAGUGUUUCAGGUGUAUAAUACAGCAAUUGGGCAAUUCUAUAUGUCCCCCAGCGCCCAAGUGUACGCUUUAAUCCCCAUCCCCUGUUUCACUCAGCCCCCCACCCACCUAAAACAGACUUUAAGACAGUAUUACUAGAUCCAGAUGGCCUUUUUAUAAUGACAAAAUGGUUAGUUUAUUUAGAGGACGUGGCUGUCAUAAAUGGGAAUGCACCUGAUAAUGGGAUUUUAGAUACCUGGACGAAGAAAUCCUGCAACAGAUUUGAGGGAUAAGUAGGCAUUUCCAUAAUCAUGGCCGGAGAUUAGGGCACCCUAUCUCAGCAGCCAAAAGACCGGCUCAACAAGAAGUUGGUAAAGUGAUAGAUAAUCUGAACAACAUUACCUAUCACCUUGACCUCUGUGAUGCUUACACAGUACUGCCCCCGACAACGGAAAACACACUCCUCUCCCCUGCACACGAUGUGAUCACCAAUAUAGACUAGAUUCUGGGGCAUAACAUAAGUUCCACUAAGUUCAAAAGAUUUGAAAUCAUGGGACUACAACCAUGGGAUCAAGGUAGUAAUAAAAAUCCUAUCUAGAGAAAACCUAAAUAUGUGAAAAAAAUUUUUAAAGAAAGAAAAAGGAGCCACGCUUCUAAAUAAUUCAUAUGUCAAAGAAGAAAAUCAUAGCGGAAGUGAGAAGAUAAUUUGAACUGAAGACUCAUGCAAAAUAUCAACAUUUGGGGGGCGCCUGCGUCGUUCAGUGGGUUAAGCCUCUGCCUUCGGCUCGGGUCAUGAUCUCAGGGUCCUGGGAUUGAGCCCCGCAUCAGGCUCUCUGCUCGGUGAGGAACUUGCUUCCCUCUCUCUCUGCCUGCCUCCCUGCCUCC